GUUCUGUUUGUAAUAGCGUCCUUCGACAUCAACUUCGCGAGAUCAUUGAACGCGGAGUCAUCCUUAAGGCUAUCUGAUCCUAGCGUAUCGAGAUUAAGGAAUGUGGAAGACAUACCAGCCAGACUUCCAAGGAAAUUCCGUGGAAACAGUCGUACUAGGAGAUUACACAUAGAGAAUCAGCAUGGAUUCGAUGGAAAAGUGGAAAAGAUUCAUAUCAAUUCCGAGGAGGAUGUUCCAGGAAUUCGGGCGUACGGAAUGCAGAAGAAGAAUUUGAAGAAUAACGGCCAUAUUGAAAGGACGAUACAGGAAGAUAUUACGAAAGAAGUCGACGAUGCUUCGAGAGCUGCUCGUUCGAUCGAGGCUUACGGGAAAAUGAAGGAUCAUCUCGAGAUGAAUGGCCACAUCGAGAGAGGUAACACUCAGGAAUCUCCAGCCAGCUAUCAGUCAUCGCGGAAUCAGAAACCCAGGAUAAUCAGGUCCAUUGAAACAGAAGCAAAACAAGACAGUCUCAAAGAUGGCCUAGAGGAUCUGGAAGCACAAGACGCCAAAAUUUUUAGACCGUUAUUCGUGUACAGGCAACAGAUGGCUAGAAGGAAGCAUUACGGGAGAAACCAUAUUCACAGUUCUUUCACUGGUCGAAAA